UCAACCUACCAUCAGGCCUGAACUCAAACUCGAGAAAUUCAUGUCCAAAUUUGCCUUUAUGUCCAACAUAAUAGCGAACGUAAAAAUCCGCCAUUUUGAUGCAAUCACCGCGUGUUUCGUAAUUAGGUACCAGGCUUAUUUAUGGAACCGCGCGAUAUUAAGGUGGCACUGUUGCAACUUUAUCAUAUUUCAAAAUUUAUUUUAUCUUAUUUUCCCCCUUUAUAAAUUAUAUGGCCUUUAAUGGCACGUUACUGCAACAAUACUCCUUAAUUUCCAUAUGGCCUAAGAAUAGAAGCUUUUGAAGGCUAGAAAAGAACUUCAGAACCGUUUCUUACGGUAAAACUUUGGUGGCGCAAGGUUUCUCUGAUUUCUGCAAAACCUCUUCCCCCCGGUCGUAUUUGCGUUGCAAUAAUAUUUCCGGGGGGUGCGAACAACUUUUAUAUAACCAUAAAAGACAUUGAAUGGUCUACCUGCAAAAUGUCGCUUGUGUUGCGUCCUUUUAGUUUAAUCUCGCGUCGUCUUUUAGUGACCACGGUUGCAACAUUAAGUUUUCUACCCCGAGGUGUGCGGGUGGAGAAAUUUUGCUCAACAGGCAGGGGCGAGGGGUGUGAUGAAAUGUCUAAGGCAAAGCUAGCGGCGGAGGAGUACCAAGGGGGGAAAUAUACCUCGGGGGAUACGAUAUUUGGCAAAAUACUUCGUAAGGAGAUCCCUGCGGACAUUAUUCACGAGGAUGACAAGGUAUAUAUAUUUGCAAUUAUGGGUAAAAUUUGAAAAACAACAAUGCUAAUUUUUUGUUAUUAGAACCUCAUGUGGCUCCAAAGGGUGGGGCACUUUCUUGAUAUAUGCACAAACCCAUACCUGCCCGAACCCUGUAUAUUAGUUUAGUUAUAUUAAUAGAUUUCGGUUGUGCAUAUAUCGAGAAAGUGGAAAAGGUUGGGAAUGAGUUAUUCCAGAAAACAUCUGCACCCCCUCCCCCACGAAGGAAGUUUCUGCUGUCCAUUUGCUUCUGAUAAUAGUAAGUGUAUUAGGAUGUCUGAAGGGGGGAGGGUAUGGAUGUUUUCUGGAAUGACCCAAUGCAGGCAAGGGUUGGGGAUUUGACCAAAUCCCCUAUAUGUUCUGCUGAUGGAGUCUUCUUUAUGGUAACUUCAUGACAAAGUUACAUUUCUUGCCUAGUGUAUUGCAUUCAGAGAUGUCAAUCCUGUUGCUCCAAAGCAUGUUUUGGUUAUUCCAAGAAAACCGAUUACACGUUUAUCCGAGGCGAAUGAGGACGACACACAGGUAUCCAAUAAAUACUAGGUGUAUUCCAAGAAUUACUACAAUUCUUAGAAUAUUUGUAAGUAUGUGUAUGCAACUGAAAUGUGGGAACUCAGGAAGUGGGAAUAGAGAUUAUGAGAGGGAAUAUAGAUUAUGAGAGAGAACAGAGAUGAGAAUGGGUCGUUCCUGAAAAGAUCCACCUUAUCCCCAAGGAGGAAAUUUUGAUAUCCAAAGGGAUUAUAUGUAGAAAGAUCACAGGAUGACAAAAGAUAAGUUGGAAUGGUGGAAUUAGAAAGAUUAUGGAAGAGAUGGCAAACGGAAAAUAAAUUUUCAUAUUUUCUAGUUACUAGGACACUUGCUGAUGACAGCUAAAAAUGUUGCCAAGCAAGAAGGCUUGGCUGAAUCAGGCUAUAGAAUUGGUAAGUGGUUUUCUUGUCAUUGCUAAGAUAUAGAAAAUUAACCAUUGCUGUACAUGGAGCAAGUAUACUGCCAGUCCUCAGGCCACCUCAGGAAAUAGUUUACACCUGGUGUUAUAUGAACUAGUAUAAAUGAUUCAUUUCUAGUUAUCAAUGAUGGUCGAGAUGGUGCACAGUCAGUCUAUCAUCUACAUAUCCAUAUUAUUGGAGGCCGCUUGCUGAACUGGCCUCCUGGAUGAAGUAACAUUUUCUCUCUUUCUGGAAUUUGUGUCAAAAAUAAAAGGCCAUCAUAUGUAAUUCUGAUUUUUGUUUAUAACUGCCAGUUUAAACCGCUUUAUUUUGUAUAUAAUUAUAUAUAAACAUCUUUACAAAUAUUCAAACAUUUUCAAUAAAUACAAGUGAUGUACUGUACAACUUUAUGUAAAAGGAACUGGUCAGAGGAUCAGUGAUGAUCAUUCAGUAUGUACUUUAUUAUACUGAUACAGUCAUCACUGCUGACAGAAUACAAAACAAUGGUAACUCACAUGUAACAAAUAUGAGCAUGUUAAUUUUAUUUGAAAAUGCUCAUAUUCGGAGUUAGUGUUGUUUUGUAUUUCAUUAAAAUACUCAAAGAGGCCUACACUGGGACCUUAACC